UACGACUGAUCGCAUGCUUCACAGAGGUUUGCGUCAGAUCGCUGCUUAAUCAUGUUUUCCUCCUCACCAGGCCUCGCUGAAAUUCAGAGGCGGAUAGACGAAGUCAAAGUGUUCCUAUCGAUCACUCUGAAAAUCGCCAAUGCGCACACGGUGGAGUUUUUCACUCACGACGUGUGGAAACGCUUCGUGGCGUUGUCGCCGGAGGAGGUCCUGUCAGCAGUGAGCUCCGGCGGUGACCAGCAGGGGGAGCCAGAGCCUGAAGGAAAAGAUGGAUCAGAGACAAUAUUUGGAUUCUGCCGCGUUACGAAUCGGCUGGUUGAUACGCACAAACUCGUGCAGGCAGCCAAAAACCACUCACUUCCAGGCCUUGGAGUGUGUUGGAGCAGGGAAGAGCUACUGCAGGUCCUCAGGGAGAAGACGUCCGAGUCUGGCGAUCCACCAACAGAGAUAGGUGCUGAGCUGGAGCCAGAGGAGUUUAUGAACUCCAAAAAAUCUCAUGAGGUCCAGUCCAUGUCAGAGGUGGUGGCCUGUUUAGCCGAGCACUGUGGAGUCAAACAGGUGAUAGAUGUGGGCUCAGGGAAAGGUUACUUGAGUUCUUUCCUGUCACUGCAGUACGGUCUUCAGGUCUACGGCAUCGACUCCUCCAGCACCAACACCCAUGGUGCCCAGGAGAGGAACAGGAAGCUGAAGAAGUUCUCCAGAAUGUUCCAGAAAAACAGCAAGGCAGCGAAGGCACAGGUCGAACCUUCACCUCAGGAGGAGUUUGUAGAAAUGAAGCCUGGGUCGACUAGAGACAGUGGUGCUUUAUGUGGAGCUGGGGGAGGAAUGAUGUCACAGGAAGACGAGAAGGUUUUGACUGUAUUAUCAGAUGUCCGCUCCACAGUGGAAACUCAUCCCGAGCCGACAGAUGAGCUCUUCCUUAGCGCUCUGUCAGUGGAUUUGAUACAGACUACAUCCCCCAGAGUUCCUUCUACCCAGCUGAGCACCGAGGAGAGGGAGAGGAGGAAGAGGGAGAACCUGGAGAGGAAAGCUCUGAACAGAACCGAGGGCGCCAACACCGUAUUUUCACCCCUCACGUCUUACGUUACGGCGGAAACGGAGCUGCGAGAGCUCAUUGGUGAGCUGGAGGACGCAGUCCUGGUCGGCCUGCACACGUGUGGAGACUUGGCUCCCAGCACCCUGAGGAUGUUUGUGGCUAAACCAGAGCUGGCUGCAGUCUGCAGUGUGGGCUGCUGUUAUCACCUGCUGUCUGAGGAGUUUGACCCAGCUGGACAGGAGUGUUUGCCCGGCGCGUGCGGUUUCCCGCUGAGCCGCUACCUCCGCAGUCAGUCGUGGUUCUGCGGCAGGAACGCCAGGAUGUCUGCGUGUUUGGCACUGGAGAGGGUGACACUCGGCCAGGGGAUUCAGAUGGAGUCUCUGUUCUACCGGGCAGUUCUUCACGUUAUUCUCAGGGAUCACUACAACUCCUACAAAAGUGAAAAACGAGUGGGGAAUGUCUACUCCAAGGCUAAAUCGUUUGUGGACUACGUGCGUCGAGCUUUACGCAGGCUGGAGCUGGAUGAGUCAAAGCUUUCUGACAGCGUCGUCCAGGAAUACCACGACACACACAGGCCACGAGUGGCUGAGAUGCACGCCUUCAACAUGUUGAAGGUGACACUGGCUCCCUGCAUCGAAGGUCUCAUUCUCCUGGAUCGCCUGUGUUACCUGAAAGAACAGGAGGACGCGUCCGUCUCGGCGCUGGUGCAGCUCUUUGAUCCGCUGCUGUCGCCGAGGUGCUUCGCCGUGGUCGGGUUGAAGAGUCGCGGAAACGGAGACGCCAGCUGAUGAGCGCGUGUGUGUGUGCAUGUGAUUUAUAAUGUCGUGGGAUUUUAAUUCUCGCCCUUUGAGCCGUAUCUUUCGAGAAUUUAUUGUUGUUGUUUUUUUUUGUGACGCAAAAGCAAAAGGUCCUUGACCCUCGUGCUCCCUCUCCGAGGACGACACAUGCAUGAAAACACAUGUUUUUUUAAAAACACCUGGAAAAACUGCUCCUUCACUUUGAUUGAAUUAUAAUCCGUCUCUGUGCUCGCGUCUUUUGUGUCUCAGGGACUCUUGAGGAAACACUUGGUUUUUUUUAAAGACCGUCCAGGGACACGGGAGCCAUGUGGGAUUUGCGGGAGAGUCCGUUGACAUGUCUGGAAACACACUUUUUAGCCUCCUGAACCAAAGGCAGUUGGGGGAAGAGAUGGACGAGGACAAUACGUGCCCUUCGUUUCCCUUUUGUUUUUAAAUAAAUAAAUAUUGCUCUUUUUUUACAUGCUUUUGUUAACAGUUUUGAGUGCGUAUUGCCGUUAUUGUGCUUGUGGAAACACACGAAAAAGGGGUAAAUGUGCUAGGAGAUGCAUUCAGCAGACUACCAAGUUAUAAAUGACAACAAACUACUUGAAAUUUAAUAGGUGGCCUUAAAAUAAAUGAACACACAGACAGAUAUGACGUUCAUCUCUGUGUAAAAACA